AUGGACAUCAAAACCGAGACUUUGUUUUUCACGUUUGUUUUAAUGCAGGUGUCUAUCUGUCUGUGUCGGUCGAGUUUUGAGUACAAUCUUUUCAAGGACUAUAGUCGAAUAAUCAAACCAAGAAAAAAUCAAAGUGAAUCUGUUAACGUUAGCUUUAGUAUGAGGUUAAAUACAAUUCAUGAAGUAGAUGAACAUCAACAGUUCAUAUCUUUUACUGCUUGGUUCAACGUGGAGUGGGAAGACGAAUUUCUGACUUGGAACGAGACUGAUUAUUCCGGAAUUAAUAUAAUCACUGUAUCUCAAAAAAGAGUCUGGGUUCCUGAUUUACAUAUGUAUUCCUCGGACAAAAACUUUAACACACUGGGAUCUCCAUCAAUUAUCUUAGUGAAAUCUAACGGUCAUAUGCAUUGGAUCCCAGGAGGAAAGUUCGUGGUGUCUUGUGAUCUGAAGAUGAAAAAGUUUCCAUUUGAUAACCAAACCUGUAUUUUUACGCUAUCAGCCUGGCUUAGUCCGGACUCUAUUCAAAAACUUGUCCCGGAUCAAAUUUCCGACGGUGCUGAAAAAUAUAUAACGCAAAAUGGAGAAUGGGAAUUUACGCGGUUUUCAUAUAGAGUGGAGUAUCAGAUCGAGUAUGACGUGACAGAGAUGCAUUACGAAUUGCACCUACGACGCCGAUAUCUGUACUUUGUAUUUAGUACCCUUUUACCUAUUUUGGCCCUAGCUGUAUUAAAUUCUCUGACAUUUCUAAUUCCACUAGAAUCAGGGGAGAGGAUCCAGUAUUCGCUGACCCUCUUACUGGCUUUUACCGUCUUUCUGACAUUAUUUGAGCAAACGAUGCCUCACAGUUCUACAGAUGUACCUUAUCUUUCUUUGUAUGUUGGUUUCCAGUUAUUUCUUUGUGUUGUGUCAACCGUGAUUUCGGUGAUAUCUAGGAUAAAAAAGAACAAAAAUGACGACGAAAAUGAAAUUAAAUGUAGCAGUGAACAUGAAUAUCAAACAAAGGAUUGUCAUCGAAAAAACACAUCAGAGGAAAUCAGCAAUGGUGGUGGAGAAAAACUUAACAAUAACAUAAAAACAGAUAUCAAAAAUAAACAUGACACAAGUUAUGGAAUGUUUUUAUUCAGCGGAAUGCUGCAGCUCCUUUCUGUUUCUUUAUUGAUUGUUUUAUUUGCUGUAUAA